AUGUCUUUCUACCCACCGGGAUGGGACUACAAUCGGGUCUUAAAUCCCGCUGAUGGUGAUAUGAUGAGCUUAACAGACGAACAACAUACAACAUUGUUCAAUGAUCUCAGAGAAGCUGGUCUUUUCGACUAUGUGAUGGAGGUCGCAGAACGCUGUGAUCAAGAAGCUCGGGCUGCUGCGGAUGCUCAGAAACCAGAAGAUGAAAAGUUGGCGGAGCGAGAGAUUUUUCGCCCUACCUUAACAGCUUAA